AUGUCCAGGAGCCCCGCCGCCCCGGCCGUCAACCAUUGGGUUCCGACAGGCCGCCGACCGGCCGCCGACUGCCUUGCCUUUGACAUGACACUUCUGAUGGCACUACUGUUGAGUGAGAUUGGAGGCCGCUUGCAAGGAUGUUGGGUUUAUAGGCUCGCCCUGGCGAGUCCCGCCAACCUCGAGUGUCUGGAACACGGCUCAUUUAUUGAUGUGGCUCGGCCCGACUCGGCUAUCUAG